GAGCAUGCCACCCGAGCACGGCUUUCUGUAGUGAAUUUAACACCUGACUUGCCUUUUACAAGUCUGAAUGAGAGUGACAAAUCUCCAGUGUGUAAGGCUUGGGGAUUUUAUAAUAAUUUGCUUCCAAUUGCAACCCGUACUCACUCAGAGGGGAGAGACUUGUCCGUUGCUCCUGGGACCCUUGUCAUCCUGGAUGGCAACGAGGAGGUGACCUGUGUCUGUCACCACCUGAUGCUUUUUCAAGGAAUGUUGGAAGCCUCAGCUUUGUGGCUGUGCUCAGUGGUGUGUGUGUGGGUUUGGUUUUUUCCAUGGAUUAACAUUUUCUCUCUCUGACACUUAAUUUAUUAUUUAAGAACAUCUUGAGAUAAAUCCUGUGGGUCUUCUCAGAUCCCCUGAGGAGCUAAAAUAAAUGCCCUCAGGUUCACUUUCCCCCACGGAGGAGGACAGCCGCCCUGGCUGGGGCAUCAUUGGUCACUGAGGUGCCCCGGGUCAUUGGAAGGUGGGGACAGGAUUAGCAGGAGAGUUGUAGGACGCUUUUGUGAGAGUGGGAGCAGGCUUUGUUCAGGGAGGUAAGGGGGUGCUCUGUUUGGUUUGGGGGUCAGGACAGCAGCUCACGUUCUCAUUUCUGUAGGAGUUUGUGGAGGUCUCUGGGAGGAGAGACACAUGAAGACACCGAAAAACUCACAGUGUGGCUCCAUGUGGGAGCUCAUUGUUCCUGGCUCUCCUGUGACCGAGGACAGGAGGGCUGGACUUUUCCUCAUUUCCAGGUCCUUCUGACGGUGAGGUGAGGGAAGCUGAUUGAGAUGCUGUGCUGAUGUCUUUGAAGGCCCAUUCUGUGACUCCUCAACACACUGUCACCUGAGGAGACAACUCAGACCCCGAUCAGCACCAGGACCAAUGGCUGCUUCUCAGGAACCGUUGACCUUCGGGGAUGUGGCCAUAGACUUUUCUCAGGAGGAGUGGGAGUGCCUGGACCCAGCUCAGCAGAAAUUGUACCUGGAUGUGAUGUUGGAGAACUACAGCAAUCUGGCUUCUCUGGCUUUCUUAUCGGAAGACAACCAGGCCAUUUUGCAAAAGCCAAAAAUAAGAGAUUUAUUCCCUAAAAUAUUACUGAAUACAUGCAAUGAAGACAGAAGUUACCAAUGCAAGGAGCACUGGAAAAAUUUUAACCAAGAAUCAAAUUCUAAUAUACAUCAGAAAAUUCAACUUCCAGAGAACCAUUAUAAAGAUGGAAAAGUCUUUGACCAAAUGUCAAAUCAAAGUAUAUUUCAGUUUAUUCAUUCUGUGGCAAAAACAAACAAACGAAGAAAAUGUGACAAACCUUUGGAACAAUCUUCAAAUCAUACUGAACGAGAUAAUAUUCAUACCAGAGAGAAAGCUUACAAAUUUAAUUUGUGUUGGAGACUCUUCAGUCAAAUACUCAAUCUAAAUAAACUUCAGAAAAUCCGAACUGGAGAAAAACAUAAAUGUAAAGAAUGUGGUAAAACAAUUAAUUUCCUUUCAAGUAUUCGUGAACGUGAGAGAAUUCAUACCGGAGAGAAGCUUUAUAAAUGUGGAAAGUGUGGCAAAGUCUUCACGAGGUCCUCAAUCCUUAUUCAGCAUCAGAGAGUUCAUAAUGGAGAGAAGCCUUAUAAAUGUAAAGAAUGUGGCAAAGCCUUCAGUGACUCCUCACACCUUAAUCGACAUCAGAAACUUCAUACUGGAGAGAAGUCUUAUAAAUGUAGAGAAUGUGGCAAAGCAUUCAGUGUCUCCUCAAACCUUAAGCGACAUCAGAAACUUCAUACUGGAGAGAAGCCUUAUAAAUGUAGAGAAUGUGGCAAAGCCUUUAGAUGGUUCUCACACCUUACUGCACAUCAGAGAGUUCAUACUGGAGUUCAGCCUUAUAAAUGUAGAGAAUGUGGCAAAGCCUUUAAAUGGUCCUCAGACCUUACUACUCAUCAGAGAGUUCAUACUGGAGAAAAGCCCUUUAAAUGUAGAGAAUGUGGCAAAGUCUUUAGCCGGCCGUCAAGCCUUAGUAUUCAUCUGAGACUUCAUUCUGGAGAGAAGUUUUAUAAAUGUAAUGAAUGUGGCAAAGCCUUUACACAGUCCUCACACCUUACUUAUCAUCAGAGAAUUCACACCGGAGAGGUGUCUUAUAAAUGUAGAGAAUGUGGCAAAAUCUUCAGCGGAGCAUCGGACCUUACUUAUCAGAGACUUCACAGUGGAGAGAACCCUUAUAUAUGCGAAGAAUGUGGCAAAACCAGUGUAGCACCAUACCUUCCUUAUCAGAGAGUUCACACUGGAGAAAAGCCUUAUAAAUGUACUGAAUGUGGCAAAGCCUUUAGCCAGUCCUCACACUUUACUUGUCAUCAAAGAGUUCACACAGGAGAGAAGCCUUAUAAAUGUAGAGAAUGUGGCAAAGCCUUUGGCAGCUCCUCGGGGCUUACUAGGCAUCAGAGAGUGCAUACUGGAGAGAAACCUUAUAAAUGUGGAGAUUGUGGCAAAGCCUUUAGAUGGUCUGCAGAUCUUAUUCCACAUCAGAGAGUGCAUACUGGAGAAAAACCUUAUAAAUGCAGAGAAUGUGGCAAAGCAUUUAGAAGGUCCUCAGAUCUUACUAAUCAUCACAGAGUUCACACUGGAGAGAAGCCUUAUCAGUGUAGAGAAUGUGGCAAAGUCUUUACACUGUCCUUAUACCUGACUAGGCAUGAAAGAGUUCAUACUCAAGAGAAGCCUUACAUAUGUGGAGAAUGUGGCAAAACCUUUACCCUGUACUCAUAUCUUACUAGGCAUCAGAGACUUCAUACUGGAGAGAAGCCUCAUAAAUGUGGAGAAUGUGGCAAAGGCUUUAGAUGGUCUUCACACCUUACUACGCAUCAAAGAGUUCAUGCUGGAGAAAAAUCUUAUAAAUGUAGAGAACGUGGUGAGGUCUUUUGCCAGCCCUCAACCCUUAGCAUUCAUCAGAGACUUCAUACUGAGGAGCAGCUUUAUAAAUGUAAUGAAUGUGGCAAAACUUUUACAGAGUCCUCACACCUUACUUGUCAUCAGAGAAUUCACACUGGAGAGGAGUCUUAUAAAUGUGGAGAUGGCAAAAUCUUCAGUGGGACAUCAGUCCUUACUUACCAGAGACUUCACAGUGGAGGGGACCCUUAUAUAUGUAGAAAAUGUGGUAAAACCUUCAGUGUAGCAUCGGAUCUCACUUAUCAGAGUUCACAUUGGAGAAAAGGCUUAUAAAUGUAGGUAAUGUGGCAAAGCCUUUAUACUUUCUUCACACUUGUCACCAAUGAGUUUACACAGGAGAGAAGCUUUAUAAAUGUAGACAAUGUGGCCAAGCCUUUGGCAGCUCCUAAUGUUUUAUUAGACAUCAGAGAGCACACUGUAGAGAAGCCUUAUAAAUGUAGACAAUAUGGCAAAGGCUUUACACAGUCCGCAAUUCUUAACAUCAGAGAAUUCACACCAGAGAGAAUAU